GUACAAACGAAACAAUACCCGCCAAACCGUUGCGUGUGGACUCGCACUCCUCCAGCAAAGUUGUAUAUAGCAACAGUAACCCCGAACGCUUGAUUAAUGCGCUGGCCUCGCCGACAACCCAAACCUCCCCGAUCUCAAGUCCACAGCUCCCGCUUCACCGUGCAGCCGCGAACCCCCUACACGUAAUGCCACGCCCCGCUCGGCCCUGGUACAAUACGGAGCACUCAUCCCCUCGUCUGGCUUUGAGUUGGAGUUGCUGCUUGAUGGCGAGAUUCUUUGCGCUGUCCCAGGACUGGUAACAUGCAUGCCAGACGCUCCAGCGGGCCUCCGCCGCCGCCUGAGACCCUCCAGCAGAUCCACGCUGCUGCUUCCCGGUCCGGUUCGCUGACCACGUUUGGAGAGCUCACUGCUCCACCCAGCUCUUCGUCCACUACCGAGACCAAGGCGAUCGAACUUGUGCAAGGCGGCCUAAGUGGCUUGUACAGUCGCCUCAGGGCAUCCGUAGGCGGCGCCAAAGACGCGGGGAAUGAAGGCUCCAAUGACGGUCCCGAGCAGCAGGCGUCUGCGUCAAAAGGCCACGAAAGGCAUGGGAAGCGCUCCCAGAGUCCAACUGGAACCUCGCUGUCGUCCCCCGUGCUCGUCUCGGCCACCUCUUCCAGAUUGCACUCGCCCCUGGCGACUCACUUCCGUGACAGCCAGCUCCCCCUUCCCAGGGAGUCUUCCGCCUCAAGCCUUGCUGUCUCGGCAAAACCGUCGCCGCAUGGCUCCAAGCCGUCUUCGAUGACCACAAAAUCCCGCCCGUCACAGCCUCUGACCUUGGAAUCAUCGAAAGAGGAUGCUUCUUAUGGUGAAAGCCCGCGCGGCAAUUUGACCACGGUUAGCGGCACAGCAGAGAUCAACAAGAGCGAAAUGCCCUUCCCACAGCCUCAGGGCGACGUGGAUAUGGGGGACGAAAGUGACACGACCGAAGACGAUAUGGUCAUGAUUCGUGACGCGGAAACGGCCCAUGACAACGCCAAAACUCCUCUGCCUUCGAGUGCCCCCUCCCCAUCCAUGACCGGAUCUGCAGCUAGGCCUGGAGAUUACCACCAGGACGCUCACUCCGCUCUCAAAAAUCCCAGGGAGCUUCCGGACAACGGGCCCGAAGCCCCCGAGCCAUCUCGUGUGACUGCCAGCGCUCAGGGCACCGCGAUUGCGUCAGCCCCUCAGCGUCCGACUUUACCAAAGUUUGGCCCUUCCCAUCUGCCAGGUUUUCUCAAUUCAAGGGCCUCUUCAUCCGAUGGCCUCAGCUCCGUUGUCACAACAGGAACCUUGCGAGCCCCCGCAAUCGCUCCGAUUGACGAACUCAAACAGCAUACGUCCGGGAAUGCACCCGCCAGUGCUCUCCCCAGCAGCUAUCUAUCUCAAAUGCGGAGGAAGAUUCUCGAUCGAGAGUUUUGGAUGCGAGACGAGAAUGCUAAAGAUUGCUUCAAUUGCGGCGAUUCGUUCUCUACGUUUAGACGGAAGCAUCAUUGUCGGACAUGUGGACAGAUAUUCGACUCCAAGUGUACAUCUUUGGUGUCGGGCGAGGUGUUCGGGCAAUCCGGUAACCUCCGCGUAUGCAAACCAUGUGAGGCCAUCAUCUACGGCAACGAUGAUGACUCUUCGAUCUACACAGACGAUGCGGACCAGGCUUCCGUUUACGGUCAAGACGAUGCAUCUUUGGAUGUAGACAUGGAUCCAUCAGAGAGUGACCACACCAAAUUUGGCACUCCUACGAUCAGCAUCCCGAUGUCUCGAAAAGCCGGCAGUGAAAAGAAGCGCCGUUCUACAGUCAUUGAAGUGGCACCACCAACAUUAACUCGACCCAGUUCCUCAAGAUCUCUCCGUUCUCUAAGCGGACGGCCGCGGUCCUCGAGCCAUAAGCGCCACGCCUCUCGCCAUCAGCACAUGCGCAAUGUAAAGUACGAUGAUCGUGCGCCCUUCCACCAACAUGACAUGGAGGGCAGUCGCAAACGGUCCUCUCUACCUGCUUUUCAUCAUGACAACAUCAUCGAUCCUGAGCUUGCCCCCUUCAUGUCUGAUGAAGAGUCUUCCGAAGACGAACAACCAAGCAUCUUUGCCACUCUGAGAGGAGACUCGGCUGCCCACGCGGCCGACACUGAGAAGAGUGGCCUCGGCGGCCUCCUCUCUGCAAUGCGUAAGGGAAAACCUAGACCCACCGACAGGGGGAUGUUCGCUGGUAUGAGUGGACGCGACCCUGAUACAUUCAGCGUCAGUAGCAGGCAUGCUAAUCGGCAUUCACGACGGCGAAACCUGAGUGUCAGUAGCGUGACCCAUGGCAAACCUUCGCCUAGGCGCUCCAAGAGCAACAGUAUUUUACGAUCAUUUGGCGCUACGCUCGGCGUCCCAUUACCCUACGAGCACCCGGGAACCUCAUCUUCUCCCCAGACCCUUUUGGCGACUCCCCGCCCUACUUCAGGGAUCAUCCGUAGCGCUUCCAUGCAUGGACCUGUCAUACCUACCAUCGAGCUCAGUCGGGCUAGCCUUCAACAUGUGCGUUUGCUCCUGAGACAGUUGCUUGAUGAUGCCGCAAUAGCCCAUUCUUCGAACUGGGAGAAGGCGCUCUUACCCAUUCUUUUGCAGUGCACCGAUGAUGUGAAUCCUGAUGUGCGAAGAAGUGACGAUAUGGACAUAAGGCACUAUAUCAAGCUUAAGAAAAUUCCAGGGGGCAGACCCAAAGAUACGUCUUACGUGUCUGGGGUGGUCUUUACUAAACAGCUGGAGAGAAAGGACAUGCCCCGCAGGAUUGCUAAUCCAAGGAUCAUCAUCGUAACGUUUGCGAUCGAGUAUGCACGACAUCAGGCUCACUUCAUCCAAUUGGAUCGCCUCAUGGCACAAGAACGAGAAUAUCUCCGUAAUCUCGUUGGCCGUAUUGCGCAUCUCGAGCCGCACCUGCUACUUGUACAAAAGAACGUGUCUGGACUUGCACUGGAAUUCCUUCAAGAGGCUGGAAUCGUCGUGGCCUCCAAUGUCAAAGAGACUGUUCUUAAUGCUGUUUCCCGAUGCACAGGUGCGCCUAUGAUAUCAUCAAUAGACAAACUUGCCAUCGAUCGAGGAUACUUGGGCCAAUGCGAGAGCUUUGAAGUCAAAACCUACGUUCACAAAAACUCGAAGAAAACCUACAUAUUUUUAUCUGGUUGUCAACCCCAGCUAGGUUGCACAAUCGUUCUACGGGGCGCCGAGACGAAGACUCUACGAAAACUCAAGCGUAUCACAGAGUUCAUGUGCUAUGUUGUAUACAACUUGAGGCUGGAGACUUGUCUGAUGCGUGACGAGUCGAUCACGAUUCCCUCCGCAGUCGCGAAUGGGACGUUGGCAGCCAAAUCGCAGGAUGAGACGGCUUUCGAAAAAUCUGCGCAGAAGGGCACAGCGGAUAGUAUGGAAACCACGCCUACAGCGCCACCAACAGAGUCUUCGCAUGCACCUACGAUCGCAGGCGAUAGUCCAACCAAGCCAGACAUGCAAGCGGAAGAUAACGGCACAACGCCGUCCUUUUAUAGUGACAUGGUUCAAAAACAUCAAACAACGGUGCUUUCCGCAUCUCCGUUUGUCAACUUCUCUCAGCCCUAUUUGCUCAACCAAGCUCGCGAAUAUGAAAGAAAACUCGGUUAUCUAAGGCGCCUGCGAGACCAGUAUACGACAGACGCCGUUGGUGAGGAUGGAGAUGUCCCUCAAGCCUUUGAGCUGAUCCAACCCGAGAUGAUACACACCAUGGUCAACCGCGCGUCAAAGCAAGUACGUGAAUUCUUACACGCAGUGCAUGCAUCGGAAUACGACAGGGCCUUGCACAGCUACCAGACCCAGAAACGCCAUUGGGAAGCCUUUCUGUCAGGCAAUAUGGACAUAUACAAUCCCUUCAAUCACCAGAAAAUUGCUGCACUGUAUAGUGUUGUCAAUUCCAAGACUUCGACACCUUGCAUCGGCCCGGAGAUCAUUGCCCUUGGUUUCUACCAGGAGCAUGACUACGACGAUGGCUUCACUCCUGACUGUACUUUAGGUCAGUACGUGGAAGAUCUUAUCACAAGUGCCCGACUUCCCUGCGAGCUUGAUGGUUGCAACUUGCGCCUCAUCGACCAUCAUCGUCAAUACGUCCAUGGAGACGGGCAACUCAGCGUCCAUGUCAUCGGAUGCCCGCCGAAGCUGAAGAACUCACAAAACAUCAUCCUCAUGUGGAGCGUAUGCCGGAAGUGUGGGGAAGAGACACAGGUUAUCCCUAUGUCUGCCAACACGUGGAAAUACUCGUUUGCCAAGUACUUGGAAUUGACUUUUUGGAGCAAGGAGCUCCGUCCACAGUCCCAGUCAUGUUCUCAUGAUAUCCACAGGGAUCACGUACGUUUCUUUGGCCUGAACAACCUUGCACUUCGGAUGCAAUAUGACCGAGUACCAUUGUAUGAGGUUAUUGCACCAAAGCCGGUUAUCACUUGGAAGGUUGAUAGCGACUUGAAGCUGAAGAAUGAGCUGUUCACAAAUAUUGAGGAGAGGCUGGAGAGAUUCAUGGCGUCGGUGCGCGCACGUCUCGGCAGCAUUCGCACAGACAGCGUGCUGCCUGAAAAAGCUGACGCGUGCAGUGCAGAGGUAGACCGACUGAUGAAACGAGCAAACGAAGAGCAUGAAUGGCUGAAGCGAAAGCUGCAAGAGAAAUACAUGAGCUCCAAGUAUUACGAGAUCAUACCUUUCAACCGCGCCAUCCGGGCGAUACAGGAAAAGGCUAUAGCAUGGGACAUUACGUUCACCGAGCUUGAGGAAACGUUUUUCCCAUCCGAGAGGGACAUAAGGCGCCUCGCCUCGCUGCAGCUCAAACGAAUAUUCCUUGAGCGUGAUGAAUCAGCCAAUUCGCUCGCUUCGGUUGAUGAGGGAAACGAAACGGAAAUCGAGGAGAUGGGCCUGCCCGAAAAAGAUGACACCGCACCUAUUGCGCCAAUGCCAUCGGCCAUGUCGCCGGAACAAGCUCGCGACGUGCUCACUUCUGUUGUUGAAGAGCAUCAAUCGCAGAAAGGCGAGGAGGCCAACGUCCAUCCUGAAGAGUCAGGCGAGUCUCGAAGCCCUACUGGCCCGGUCAUCCCGGUUCCGCAUUUGCAAAAGCACAUAGAGGCACUAGAAAGAGAGGAUGUUCGCCAUCUGGACCUUGCAGUGUCCUCAAACCUUGCGGACAAGGUAGCAACGCAGGGGGAAGCAGUGGUUCCUACACCUCCUCCAACCUCCAAUGCGGAGCCAUCCUCGGUAGAGCCAAUGGAUCCAGACGUCGCUGAUGCCAUCGACAAGAUGCCUGUUUCACCGACCUCUGUGCAGUCGCCGGGAACACUGGAGUCUAGGAUUCCUCGAUUAGUCGACACUAUACGUCGGGAAACUGCGAUCAGGCCGGCUGGCAUUGCACGAACACAAUCACAGCCCGAUGGAGUGCCAAAACUCCAAAACACCCCCUUGGGAUCCUUGAACAACGGCUCGGGGUCUAGCGGCUCAGGGAGUGGCACUUCCCUAAGGAGCUCUCUGAACGAGUCCGCCAGGGCUCUCGAGCGGCGCAUGUCUGAGCGUUUGAAGCUCGGCGCGUUCAAGCAGGCGAGAUCAGCUUCAAUGAUUCCGAUUCCAAGAUCUAUACCCGGCAAAGGACAAAAAGAGGCAACGAGAGUCUCCGCUUUAGCUAAACAUUUCGAACAACUCCAGCGCGAGUUUGAAAAGGAGAGGAAGCGCGAAAGGCUCCAUCAACAGAGGCAAAACCGCCGGCGUGCAUAUCCACUAGCGUCCUCCAAACCCGUGGUCGAGGUAUAUAGCGAUGCCUAUGAGGCGGUCCAAGAGCAUAGCCCUUCGGACGAGGAGACACAACAUUCCCCCCCACCCCGAGUUAGUACCGAUAACAGCACGCUUGGCGGUAGCGGGCACACGGAGACAACUGCGGCGACCACCACUGGAGCCCCACCUGAAGAAGCGUAUACAGGUGGCGAAAACCCUCACAUCGUUGAGAAAGAGGAGCAAUCGACAAGCCUAAGCCAUCCAACAUCUGACGUGGAGAACGAAGCGAGCGACGUCGAGAUGGGCGCGGAAGAUAUCCCCCUUCCGGAAAGCGUAGGCAGCUCCCAGCUGUUGGAAGGUUCAAUGGAGCUGCCUAAGCAUGAAAAAACUACCCUUAUGAAAAUGCUGACAAGUUUCUGGUCAGAACGCUCUGCUAGUGCGUGGGCUCCUCUCGAAUACCCACUAGGUCACAAUGAGCAUGUGUGGGAGGAUUCGGAUAUCAUCGUUCGGGAAGACGAGCCGUCCUCCAUCAUUGCGCUCGCCCUCUCUAGCCCAGACUACCUCACCAAGCUAAAGCACUUUCGCGAGGAUGCCACAGUUGCUCCCAAUGGCAUCGGAGGGUUGGAGGGCUCGGAAGCUUCAAUCGAGAGGAACUUAUUGCAUGAAGCCAAUACGAACAUCCGAUACAGUUUCACCAACCGUGGGGUCAAAGCCCACUGUAAAAUCUUCUAUGCCGAGUCGUUCGAUGCGCUUCGACGGAAAUGCGGCGUUGCAGACCGCUUUGUUGAGUCUCUUUCGCGCUGCUCCAAAUGGGACUCCAAAGGCGGUAAAAGCAAAAGCAUCUUCCUGAAGACAAUGGACGAGCGUUUCGUGGUCAAGUCGCUGUCAGCAAUUGAAGUUAACGCCUUCUUUCGCUUUGCGCCCAAUUACUUUGCUUUCACCCAUCAAAAUCUCUUCAAAGGCCUGCCUUCGGUCAUAGCAAAGAUGUUUGGUCUGUUCCAGGUGCAAAUCAAGUCGCCGUCAGGCCGUGACUUUGAUUGGUUCCUACUCGUCAUGGAGAAUCUGUUUUAUGAGCGUGAACCCAACCGGCGGUACGACCUCAAAGGCAGCAUGCGCAAUCGCAAAGUGCAGCAGACUGGCGAGCGGGACGAGGUGCUCCUUGAUGAGAACCUCGUUGAUAUCAUUUACAGCGAAACGCCCAUCUUCGUGCGGGAGCAUACGAAGAAGUUGCUCAAGGCGAGCGUGUGGAAUGAUACACUUUUCUUGCAGCAGAACAAUGUUAUGGACUAUAGUCUUAUGGCCGGCUUCCACGAUGAGAGCCGGGAGAUCAUCGUCGGCAUUAUCGAUUGCAUCCGCACAUAUACCUGGGACAAGAAACUCGAAUCGUGGAUCAAAGACCGUGGGAAGAACAAGCCGACCAUCACGUCUCCGAAGGACUACCGGAAUCGCUUCCGUAUGGCCAUGGAGAAGUACAUCCUCCAGGCGCCGGACUGCUGGCACCAGCUUUCGGGCCGUGCCGUCGGAGUCGGAGUGCCCACACGGGCUAUCGUGGCACGUGAGGGAAGAGAAAAAUCGGUGACCGAGGCCAAGAUCGUGGAGCAGGUGACUGGAGAUGUGAGGAGUGGUGAAAAAGAUGCGGAGAUGCAGGAGAAUGCGCGUUGAGUCUGAAUAUGUGCAGUGAUGGUUUGAGGGGAUUACGAGCGUAACGGUGUUCAUGAUGGUCGAUGGGGAUACCGAGACAUGUAUGGUCUAUGCAUAGCAUCGGCGUUCAACGAGAUGGUGUGGCCCUUAUUGUGGGGUUACGAGAGCAUCGAAAGCCGGGAGUAGCACUCCCAAAGCUCGAUCCCUGGAAUGGAGAAUUGUAAUGCGCCUUUGAGUCUCCUCUGCGU